AUGAGAGUGAAGCUAUAUGUUGAAGUUAAAAAAACAGAGGGUGGAUUUGGAACGUAUCCUCUUAUCAUCACUACGUUAGAUAAGUCUUCUAGUGAAAUGCUUUUUGAUGGGAAAGUUGGUGCUGUAAUGUGUUUGGAAAGUCCAUCUGAAAUAGUUGAAGAAAUAAUUAGUUAUAAAUCCAAUUCUACUUCUCGUAUGCCUUUGUUGGAUAGCAAAGGGAACAAGAUCAUUACUGAUUGCAAGCAUAGUGAUGUUAAGAUUGGACAAAUAUACAAGGACAAGUGUACUCUCAUUUCGGUUAUGGCGCGAUUUGUAAUUGAGCAUUCCUUUAAUUACUAUGCCAAAAGAUCGGACAAGAAAAGCUAUGUCCUACAAUUCCAUUCGGAGAAUUGUGUUUGGAUCUUUAAAGCAUCAUGUCUUUGGAGUACAAAACUAUUUAAAGUUAGUUUUUUUCAAGAUGUUCACACAUGCCCGUUGAAAAACCGUAUUUUUACUCAACUUCAAGCUAUAGUUGGGUUUGUUAGUAGUUUUGCUGCACCAAAACUUGUCAACUAUAAGAGAAUACACACCCCGAAUGAUAUAAUCGAAGAUAUUAAAAAUGCUUUUGGUGUAGACAUUAACUAUCAAAAGGCUUGGAGGGCUAAAGAACGUGAGAUUGAGAUGUUAAGGGAAAAACCUGCGGAUGGUUAUCGACAAAUGACUCGAUAUGUAUACAUGUUAAAUUCCGUAUAUCCAGGUUCACAUAUUAGAAUGCAUAAAUCCGAGGAUAAUAAAUUUAUGUAUUUGUUCGUUGCAUUGCAACCUUUGAAGAGUGGAUUCGAGUAUUACAGGCCUGUAGUUGUGGUUGAUGGUGCGCAUUUGAGUGGAGCAUAUAAAGGACACAUUCUGCCGAUUGCGUAUGGUGUUGUUGAUAGUGAAAACGAUAAUUCGUGGACUUGA